AUGAUGAGUCAACUCGCUCCGAAGGAUAAAGUCUCCGGGGAGUAUUCGAGACCAGAAUCGCAGUUUCGCGUCAAAGAUUUCGACGAUGAUGGUUUUCAUUCCGAAGGUAAAAAAUUGUAUCUUUUCGCGGGAAAAACGUGCCCUUGGGCGCAUCGAACGUUAAUAGUGAACGAGCUGAUUAAAAAGAGCUCAAAGCAAAGAAGAAACGAAGAAGAAGAAGAACAGGUGGAAAUAAUAUAUCUGGAACCGAACAAGAAUACGGGUUUGUGGACGGUGCCGAAAGAGGCCGUCGAGCGAAUCUUCUUUCGCGACGACGGCGAUACCGGCGAACGACAACGACAACAAGAACAACAACCGAUGAUUGAAACGUUAAGAGACGUGUACUCGUACGUUUCUGGAACAAGAUUCGAAGGUCGAGCCACUGCACCGUUAUUAAUUAGUGUCAGUAAUGGUGGAGCUUUUGAGAUUGUCUGCAACGAAUCGGCCGAUAUCAUUCGUCUCUUCGAUUGUUUAAACGGAGAGAACGAUGAAAAACUAUAUCCAAAAGAGAAUAGGAAAGAAAUCGAUGAAAUGUGCGCUUACUUGUUCGAAAACGUAAACAAUGGCGUGUAUAAAGCUGGUUUUGCGCAAUCUCAAGCUACGUUAGACGAUGCCGUCGAUAAACUCUUCCAGGCGUUGGACGUCUUGGACCAGAAGUUAGAGGGGUCGAAGUUUUUGCUCGGCGACGACUCUCUGACUCUCUGCGAUAUCUGCUUCUACACCACCUUAAUCCGUUUCGAUGCGGUUUAUAACCAUCUCUUUCGUUGCACUCGCAAGCGGAUAUGCGAUUAUCCCAACUUAUCCCGGUACUUGAAAACUUUAUACGCCUUGCACGCGUUUCGAGAAACCACCGAUAUGGUCGGGAUUCGAGAACAGUAUUACACCUCCUUGUUUCCACUCAAUCCAGGAAAUCUCGUGCCGCCGCUUCCGUUUUCCUCCAAAGAUGAUUGGUUGCUCUCGCUUUAG